AUGAAAGUAAAGAAGAAUCCAUUCCUUAGCAACAAAGGAGUACUCAAUGAUAAACCUUCUGCCAAGUCGGACAACAAGCGUUGUAUCAUAGAGGAAAAGGGAAUGUCAGAACUGAAAGAGAGGAAUACUAUUUGUUCUCAUUGCAAGAAGGGUCGAGUGAAACUUACCUUCCGUCAUUGUGGUGUGGCCACCAUUCCUCGAUUGUCCUGUAAUACUUGUGCAGUGAGUGAUGAGGGUGAUGUGGCCAAGACAAGUUGGCAAAAGAUGACUGCCCAUGAGCAACUUACGGACUAUGAGCUGAACUUCAAGUUUGUGCAGGCCUUUGUCGGUUGCGGCGAUGGUCCAACAGAAGCUAGUCGGUUCCUAACUUUCUGUUCAGUGCCGAACGCAACAACCAUGAAAUCAAACACAUUUGGGAGUAUGGAAGCCGCGGCAUCUUCCACGAUCGAGGAGAUUACCAGAGAACAGCUCACAGCCAAUCUGUUGAAGGAAGUGGAACUGACCAUGGCCGAAGACAAUGACUUUGAUUUCGAAUUGUGGAAAUGA